GGGAUGGGGAACCUCACCCAGUUUUGAGGUCUGUGACACGGAGGCAGUUUGUGGAGUCCAGCCCCACACGGCCGUUUCUCACCACGCUGCACAGCAAGGGCCGCAGCUCAGGGGAGAUCCGGUGCAGAGCAACCUCAGAUCAUGGCUGAGGAAGCUUUUGAUGUCGUGGUGGUCGGCUCCUGUAUGACUGACUUGGUGAGCCAGGCACCAAGGCUACCCAAAGCAGGGGAAACCAUCCACGGUCAGAAGUUCUUUAUAGGCUUUGGAGGAAAGGGGGCCAACCAGUGCAUACAGGCUGCCAGGCUGGGGGUCAAAACUGCAAUGGUUUGCAAGGUUGGUAAAGACUUCUUUGGAGACAAUUACAUCCAGAAUUUCAAGGACAACGGCGUGCACACAGACUUCGUAGAACAGACCUCAGACGCAGCCACAGGAGCUGCUUCCAUCACCGUCAACGAUGCAGGUGAGAAUGCCAUCGUGAUCGUGGCUGGUGCCAACAUGCUGCUGGGUGGAGUGGAGCUGCAGAAAGCUCUCCCAGCCAUCAGUCAUGCAAAAGUGUUGGUGUGUCAGCUGGAGAUCAGCCCGCAGACGUCCUUGCAGGCACUACGCAUGGCUCACGGCAACAAAGUAAAGACAAUAUUCAACCCAGCGCCGGCUAUUCCUGACUUGGAUCCAGAUUUCUACGGAGUCUCUGAUGUGUUUUGCUGUAAUGAGUCUGAGGCAGAGCUGCUCACAGGUUUCUCGGUAACUAAUGUGGAAGAAGCGCAUCGGGCCGGCCAGGAGCUGCUGAAGCGAGGCUGUGGGUCGGUCAUCGUCACGUUGGGACCCCAAGGCAGCGUGGUGCUCAAGGCACAGGAGUCUACCUGGAGACAUGUUCCAACUACUGCGGUCAAAGCAGUGGACACUACAGGUGCUGGAGACAGCUUUAUAGGGGCACUGGCGUUCUACAUGGCUAAUUAUUCCACCAUGCCCCUGGAGGAGAUGGCCCGCCGAGCCAAUCAGGUGGCAGGGGUGAGUGUGCAGGCUGUCGGCACGCAGACGUCUUAUCCCUUCAGACGGGACCUACCAGCUGAACUGUUCUGAGAGCAGCAGAGGACCCCAGUGAGAAUGGACUGUCUGCCUGGUCUGUGCCAUGUUGACUCGUGAAAUUAGCUGCUUUUGAGAAAUUCAAGGCUGAUCAUUGUGAAACUAGAGAGGAUUUUCAAACAUUAUUUUCAAAAUGACACUUAGAUUGAGAUGUGCAGCGUAUAAUUGACAUAAUUUAUUUACCCCAAUCAGAUAUAUCACAAAUGAGGAGAGUACAUUUACCUGGUUCAAAUUUUACACAUCAGUGAUACAUGUAAAAAGCCAUUGAACUGCCAUAUACCGCAUGUCAUGGAGCCGGUGGUCCCCAUAAACAACAUCACUGUUAAACAUGAGUGGUAUUUUCUUUCUGAAAGUGUUGGCUGCAAAGUUUCUGUUAAAUCUCGGGGAGGAGAAGAAGAGCUGCAGAGCUGAGAGUGGAAAUCCAAGACAGAAUCCUCCCAAAAAAAAAAAAAAGAAAAAAAUCAGAGCCAGCCAAAUAAGAAAUGUUGACUGAUGAACACGUUGUUUAAUCCAUGACAGUAAAAUGGCCUGUUUAAACCUGGCAGGUUUAUGUUGUCCAUAUUUGGUGAUACAUUUUUCAAAUUGAUCUGAUCUUCCUCUUCUCGAAGAACAGGACGUGCUUGUUCACUGCAAAGACAAAAAAUAAGAUAAUAAAUCCUGGUGUUCACAUCGA